AUGCAUACAAAUUAAGAGUUCAAUAUAGAAGACUAUGUUGACGAUGAAUAAUCAAGUUCCAAUUUUCAACCAUAGGAAGAUUAUGAAGAAAAAGUUGUACUAAAAUAUGGACAUACAAUUCAUUUGCAAUUAUCUGAAAUUAGCGAUUGUUCUCUAACUACUGAUGGGUUUAUGAAUCCUAAGUUGUUUAUUGAAAAAAUUAGCUUUUCAAAUCAAGAUAAAGCACUUUUUAUGAUUUAUCCUAGUUUUAAUACAAGCAAUUUAGACAAGCUUUCUUAAUUGCCACUAAUGAAGCCAUAAGAAAAAAAAAACUUUGAAAAAAGAGUUAUAGAUGACUAUAAGUAGAAUUUGGACAUAUUUGAGAAAAUGAAAGGCUUACCUGUAGUUUUUGAUACUCCUUUGUAGUUGUUAAAUAUAAACACCAAUAAAUUUCUUUCUUGCAAUUAUCAUGAAGCAGAGGAAGAAAGAUAGAAUUUUAAGUUAGAAUUACAAAACUUUUCUUCUAAAAACACACUAUUUAAGAUAGUUCCUUCAUAUAUUCAUUAAGAUCAAAAAGAUGGUGUUGUUUUUUCAAAUGAUGUGAUAUUUUUAGUCUCUGCAGAGAAAUAUCUUGAAAGGAAUCCAUACAUAUAGUGUAAUACUUAGCAGUACAAAAAGUACAUGUAGUCGGUUAUGACAAGCUAACACUUAAAUAGAUAGUCUUUUUUCCAAAGAUCUCCUUCAAUUAUUAAAAAAUCAAAAUAAGAAAACGAAUUACCAUUUAGUAGCAACUAAAUGGCUUAGAAAUUUGAUAGGGCUAGUAAAAUGAUGUUUGUAUAAACAGAAACAAAAACUCUUGAAAUGGGGCAAGAAAUCAUCAGUGAAAAUAAACUUGACAUAAUCAAACCUAAACCACUUAUAAACAAUUAGACCUCUAACAAAAGUGGAAAUCAAACUGUUUAAAAUAACUAAGAAGAUCUUAAUUAAUCUUCUGAACUAAAAAGUGGAUAAGAUAAUAAUUAGAAUAUUCAUGAAACUAUCCGACCAAACUAAGUUCAUAAAUUUAAAAAAGAAGUUGAUUUAAAAGGUGGAGCAAAUUAAGCAACAAUUUUACCCUCAAUAGAUAAUCCUAAUAUCAUUUAGUUAAACAAUUAAAAUAUAAUUCCUGUUAAUCCCUCUCCAGUUUUCCCUUAGAGCUAGUUUUAAGAUUAACCAUUAACUCUUAAUAAAUUUGAAGAAAAUAGGAAUUACUAAACUGAAGUAAAUGUUUCUCUUGAAAACAAAACAAAAUGGGUUAUUAAAAGCUAUUGCGAAGUACAUAAAGACGAAGAAGUCAUAAAGUACGGAGAUAAAAUAUGGCUUCACCAUUUAGAAACAGCAAACAAUAUUGUGACUUAGAGAAAUUUUAUUAUGAAAUAGGAAAUACAAAAAUAAUUUCACCUUGAAAAUGAUGAACACAAAUAAGAUUAAAAUCGCUACAGAUAAUGUGUUAAAUUUGAAACUACAACAAUAAAAGACAGUACCUUUUCAAAACAUACUGGAAAUACAAAAGGUAUGUGGAUUAUUGAAAGAAAGCAAAAACUUAAAGGUGGUCCUGCAGAAUUUAAACAGAUUGUAUUCUUUAAACAUUUUUCAAGUAGAAAGUAUCUAUAAUUAGUUAAAUUUCCUUGUGGUAAGGAUUAGUAUGCAUACUAUUUUGAUUUAGCUGACGAACCAAAUUUAAGUUGCUCAUUUGUUUUGAUCAAGCUUCCAUCUUCAGGCACAAAGAAUUAAAAGUAUAUAACUAAGGAGUCUUUCUUCUAUCUUAAGUCUGUAGAAUUUAAAGUCUAUAUCAAUGUUUCUUUUAGAAAGGGAAAUACUAAUUUAGAAGAAUAUUUGGGAUUUAAUUAAGGUGUUGAUGUCUCUGAAAUACAAAUUGAUGAGGCUGCAUUUAAAUUAGAUAAGGCAACAAACUCAGAAGUUUUGGAAACAUAUUUCCUAACACAGUGCUUACCUAUUCUUAGCAAGAAUUUAGAUACAUUUUAAAUACAACAAAAACGAAAUGCAACAAACAGGCUUGAUUAAAAGAACAAAGAAAAUGUUAUUCUUCUGAACCAACUAGAAUAGACUAUAGAAGAUAUUAAGCUCUUUUGUUUGAAUUAAAUUAUAUUAACCUCGAUUGAAAAUUAGAGAAAUUAUUCUAAAGUAAGUUUUUAUAGAUAAAAAAUAGUACAGGAACAAUACAUAAUAGAUGAACUUAUUGAAAUAUUGAAAUGCAUAGUCAAAGAGUCUGACCUUUUAAAAUUAAGAAACGAAAGGAAAUAAGAAAGUUACAAAAAGGCACAAAUUAAAUUUAGUGAUAAAACAUUGUAAAAUAUAGAGAAAUUAAAAAAAGCAGUUUUAAAAGAGAAAGGCAUCAACUUAAAUUUAUAUUUGUCCAAGUUUGGAAAAAUGUCAUUCGUUAAUAACGAGUAAGGAAAAGCCUUCUUUUUUGCUAUUGGUAAAUUCGAAGAAGAUAGAGUACAAGCUAGAGCUAAAUACCUAUAAGAUAAAAUACACGUACUGAAAAAAAUUUAUGGACUUCUAACAAUUGUAAUUAAGGAUAAUACAGAUAAUGUCAAUUUAAUUUAUAGAAAGCUUACCUAAUUCUAAAAUCAUGCUGCUUAUAUUAAAGAGGCUGCAGAUUUCGUUAUUUCAAUUGUUAGUUAGAAUGAAACAAUUCUAAGUAAUUUAUCAGAUGAUAUUAAGAUUACUGAGAGUCUUGACAAUCUCUUGACAAGAGCUCCAAGCUUAAAGAUAUUUUUUCAAACAAGUGACUAAGCCUACAGAAGAGACACUUAUAUCACACCUCUAGGUGAUAUUCCAAGAAAACCAACAGACAAUCUUUUGCUAUUUUUUAAAGAAAAUGCAAUUACAUAACAUAAAGAAAACCUUAAAUCAAAACUUACUCACAUGAAAGAUCCAAAUAUUCUUAACUUCUUUAGAAAUAUUUGUAAGUUUUAAGGCAAGGGUGUUUCUGUAAAUCAAGAAUAGAUUCAUAAGUUUUGUUUUGAAAACGAAGUUCCUACUGAUUUCUAUAGGAGUUUAUUUUAUAAGCUAGAAGGAGAAGAAAAGAGACUUAAAUUAGACUUAAAUGGAAGAAUUAUAUAAAUUGCAAGCUAAAAAGAUCUGGAAGAUGUUUCUCCAGAUAUCUAUGGUUAUGUUAUAGAUUAAAUCAAUUUAUGUGCUGAUUUAUGCUUAACAAGAAACUAUUUGUGGAAAAAAGAUUUAAAAGGAUUUUUCCCAGUCGAAUUUGUUUUCAAAGUAAUUUUCGAUAAUAGCGUAGACGAAAAACUUAGAAGCGCUUUUUGUAAUUUGGCAAGAUCUUUGUAUGUUGAUCAUGAACCUUUAAAUAAAAAAUAAGUUCCUAAUAUGUGUCGUAUAUUUAGAGGGCUGGAAACUGCUAAGAAAUUCAAUAAAGACGAAGAGGAAGAUGAUCAUAAUGACAAUAUUAUCUAUGCUUAUACAAUCGAUAAAAUAAUUAGAUACAUAAACUAACAGUACAUAAAGCUCAGAAAAAGUUAUGAAGAGUUCUCUGACUAAGAGCUUAAUAAAAAAGCAUUAAAAAGUUUGAAAAAAGAAGAAGGUAAUGAUUAAGAUAAGUAAAAUCCUGUUGUUUUUGAUGAUGGCCUAACACUUGAUAUUAUCAAAAUGCUUACAACAUUUGUUAAAUUUGAUAUUUUAGCUUUAUUGAAGUAAUAGUAUAUGUAUAGAAGUAUUGUUACAACUCUUUUGUAGCUCUUAGAGUAUGAUAAAAAUUAAAGUCAUAUUUCAUAUGUUGUACAAAAAGUUCGCCAAGAAAGAUUUAAUAGAGCUUUUGAUGAUCAAAAUAAAAAUAAAUUACUCUCUAAUUUUACUGGAUUUAUAGUGAGUGCUUCCAAAAAUAUAGCUUAGGCUGGUAAAGAAAUAGCAGGUGAGGUUGCUGGAAUAGUUGGUGCAAUGAUAGGUGUUUCAUAUGGAAAAUCUAGUGAAGAAGCUGAUAAUGAAUAAUUUGAAGCUACCAAUAGUUUAUAUGCAAAGAAUCCUAUGAUAGGGGGACUUGUAACUUUGAAAAGCAUGUUUCAAAAAGUAUAUAGUGAAACUGAAGAUUAAAUUGAAGUUGAAAUGAAAACAGAAAUUUGUGAAUUAUUUAUUUUCUAGCAAAAUUCUAGAAUGGAUUUCCUUAUCACAAAUUUCCUUUGCUGGUAUGAUUAAGUUAGUAAAAAAUAUACUGAUUUCUCAAACAAGAAAGUAGCAGCAGAAAUAGAAGAUGAUAUUCCAACAAUUAUCCCAGAGUUAUAUAAAACUGGUGUAGACGAAAUAGAAAUGAGAAUUAUGCAAAUGACUGAAAAUCUAGAUCUUAAGCUCAAUUUUGAUAUUACAAAUAUGACAAAUAUGCUUAAACUUAAAAAGAAGAAGAAAUUUUAAAAUUAUACUUCUUUAGAGUUAGUAUUAAAUCUUGAUAGCUUACUCGAAGGAGACUUAGAAAAAAUUAUUUAAAAAGAAAAAAGCUAAAAACAAAGAAAUAAUUGGUAAGCAAACUUAGAAAAUCCUUAAGAUCCUGCUAAUUCUAUUAAAUAGGAGGUUUUACCAUCUCUCCUUUUCAGCUUCUAUAUGACAAAAAACCAUAAAGUAGAAGACAAAGUAAUUGAGGUUUUAAGAAAUUGUUUUAAUCAAACAAAUAUACUCUUCGACAAUUUGUAUAAUCUGGAAGUUCUUUUUGACCAAAGAGAUGUUGUCCCCUACAUCCUUCUUGAUUAAAAAAUAGCUAAGCUCAGAUAGUUUGCAGAGGAGUCUGAAGUUUGGCUAACUGACUUUUUAAGAACUUAACAAGUACCCGACAGAAUGAAAUAAACACAAAUAAUCUUAAACGAAAUUAAUGAACUAUUUUACUAUGAUGUAAAUAUUGUAGAUGAUAAGAUAGUUAUUCCAGCUCAUAAAAUUUCUAGUGAAGAAAAAUAAACUAGAAGAUAAAUUGAUAAAGUUAGAUAGAAAGUAUUUACAUUUUUGUAAGGCCAUGAGCACCUCAUUCAAUUAGUAAAAGAUGCUUAAAACUAGAUGGCAAAGCUAUUAAAAUCAAAGAAUGUUAGUAAUCCUUCCAAAUAUUCUAUUUACAAACUAUUAUCAAGCCUCUACAGGUGCUUGACCCUAUACUGUGAUAACUAUGAAGAAAAUCAAUAAAUUCUAUCAAAAUAUACUGGUUUCUUUUUAGAUGAAAUUUAAUUCGAUUUUGGAUAAUUAGACUUAGUUUGUUCCAUUUAUAAAAAUAACAAACAUCUCUGCGAGAGCUUUUCUGAUAACAUAGCAAAUGUACUUAUCAAUAAUAUCACAUACAUUGGCAGAUAACCCAGAUUCUUGAAACUAUUUAAAAUAAUUCUUAGUUACAAAGAAAAAAAUAAUAGACUACCUACAAAUUUAAUUGAAAAUCAAAUGAAGGUUAUUCAUUGGUUUUUACCUAAGGACAAUUAAGACAAAAAUGAAAUUUAGAGAUAUCAAUAGCUUUUGUAUUGCACUAUCGAUUAGAAAAAUAAAUAAAGUGUUUAAUUUAAGUUUGAGAAGCAAUAAGAAAAAUCUGAUGUAUAGUUGAGAGAUGUUCCCUAUCACUAUCAUGCAGAGCUCUUAGAUUUAUUCUUGUAGAGUGUAAAAGGUGACGAAAGCUCCUCGAUUAAUACUUCAAAACUUAAAAAAGUAUUUCCUUAAUCUUAUAUACUCGAUCUACUUGUCAAGGAAGACUCAUUUGUCCCUUCAGAUUAGAUGUAUCAGACCUUUAAAAUGCCUAAAAAAAAUGAUAAAAAAUUAAAUGUAUAUAUUUAUGAUAACACUAUUACAUAUGAUGUAGAUGACGAGAAAGAAGGAUUUAAAAUUCUUAAGCCUAAGUUAAUUGACUUCUUGUUAGCCAUUUAUUUCAAUGAAGAUAAACCUUAUAGUGAUUCUAUCAAAGAUCACAAGAGGUUCUAUCAACUUUGUGAAAUGGAAUAUUAAAGAUUAUCUAGAUAAAUAGAUUAAUUUCCUUAAGACUAUAUUCACUACAUUUGUGGAAAAAUUUUAAAAACAGCUCUAUUCUAUUUCAAAAAAGUUAUACUUAGAGAGAAUUAACAAGAUUAUAAAGAUUAAGAUGAAUACAAAAUUCUUUAUAAUAUUUCUACAAGACUAUUCGAAAUCAGGUUCUAGUUUGAUGAGUUGCUAAAUAAAUAGGAGUUUUAAGAUUAUGCUGAAUUUAUGAAGAACAUUAAUGAGCAAUGCUAUAAUUAAUAUACUGAAUAAAUUAACGCAGCUGAAAUGAAGCCAGAUAAUAAAAAGAAUGAGUAUGAUGAGGAAAAUAAACUUCUUUGGAAAGCUUAAUAUAACUGGAAAAUAUUCUUGAGCAUUUGCAGAAAUUCAGAACUUGUCAAAGAUACCAUAGAAACAGAAAUCUCCAUUCUAGCUGAAUCUAUUCUAAAGAUAAAAGAUAUGUUCCCAGAGCAAUACAGAAAAUAAUUUAAAAUAGACAUUUAAUAUUAAGAUAUUAUCAAAAAAUUGAUUCAAUACCUUUACACAGGGUUAGUUAACUAAGCUCAUAUAGACAAUAUGAUUUUUAUUUUCAAUUUAUUGGAAUAAAUGCUGAAUGACUGUGAAGAAGAUAAGCAACUUGAAGAAACUUAAAAUUUAUUUGACAGUCUUGACGCUACGAAGAUGUGUUUACAUUUACUUUCUGAUUCUAAAAAGAAUCCUAUAGAAAAAAAGGAACUUUUAGAUUCUAUUCUUUAAUUUAUGAUAAAACUUCUUGAAGGAGGAAAUGGAUAAGUUUAAAAAACAAUCUACGAUUACUUUAUGACUUAUCCUGAAAGUGAAGUUAUUUUCCAUCUAUUUUACUCCAUUAUUAUUGAUUACAUUUAAGAUGUCAAGGAUAAGAAAAAAUAAGAGAUUUUGAAAAUUCAAAAUGAAAUGCUUUCUAAUAUAGAUUAAUUUUCUGGGAUAAACUAAUCCUUAGUUUAAUCUAAGAGAGGAAUGUCUUAAGUUAAAAGUUAAUCCUAAAACGAUGAAGUGUUGGAAUCUAAAUAAAAAUCUAAAAGCUUCAAAUAACCUUUAAAAAAUCAAGCACAAAAAAGCAAAGUAACAGAUGAUAUUGACAAUGAAAGUAUUUUAUAAAAUUCAUAAGCAGAACUCAAAUUUGAUGAUGACAAGGACCCUCAUAGAAAAUAGAUUAAAAUGAUCAAUUCUCAUAUUUUAAUGAAUGUUUUGCGUGUGCUCUAACUUUUUUGUGAAGGUCAUAACAUCAACCUAUAAAAUUAUAUAAGAGACUAGACAAAUAGUAGAAAUAAGCAUGAUAUGGUUACUGCUAUUAUUGAUCUUUUGUAUAUCUUUUACGAUAAUAUUGAUGAAGAAAAUUUUUCAAAUAUGCUUAAAUGCUUAGAUACUUUGAUAGAAUUUGUACAAGGACCUUGUAAAGAAAACCAAAAUGCAAUUAUUGAUUCCAAAUUUUUCUAAUUUGCUGAAGAAAUCUUAGAAGGAUAUGACUAAAAAAAACAUGAAAAAAAGAGGCUUACUUACUUCUAGAGCUCAAAUAUGCUAAAUUAAAGUAUGAAUUCGUUUACUCGUUCUUUUGCUCAGAGGUCAAGCACAAAAACAAAGACUAUUUUAAGUCAUAUUGCACAAAAAUCAAAUACAUAAUUAAAGCCAUGGAUGUUGGAGCAAAUAAAAUAUAAAACAAUGAUUUUAGUUACUUCAUUGCUCGAAAUGAAUAGUGAACCAUAAGUUAUAAAGAGAAUAAUGAGAAGCUUACCUCUUGAAGUUUUGAGGAAAAAUUUAAUAUAAGUCUAUAAAAUGCAUAAGAAGCUUUAUUAGGAAUAAUAUAUCAUUUAGUGUUUUGGCCAUCAUGAAGAUGAGCCACCUGAAGAUGCCACAGAAAAGUAAUUAGAAUAUUACAACUAUAUUAUUGAGACUGGCUUUUUCGUCUUCUUUUUAUUGAGCUAUUACAUAGAGCUGGAUGAAAAAGAACUAGAUGCAGAGAUAAGUACCAAGCUUAAUGAGAUAAAAAAGGAUUUCAAUGAUUCUAAAUCAAUAUUUAGCUUGAGAAAAGGCAUGAUCACAUAGAUUUAUAAUCUUAUUUAUGGUAUCAUAGAUAGUAUCUUAGAUAUAUUUAAAGGAAUCGGAAAUGAAAUCAAAAAUUAGAUUACUAGUAAGAAUGAAGAAUAGACUGUUGAUUAUGAGAAAUAAAUGAGAGAAGAUAAUUAAAUGUUCAAGCAAGCUCUUGCUUUCUUUAAUAAAAACUCUGGAAGUAUUGAAAUAGUUCGUGAUAGAAAUUUAGAAAGAAUUCGUUUCAUUUUACUACCAUUCUGCCACUAUUUGCCAAAAUAAACAAAGGUAUAAUUCCACGAUGAAAUAGAUAGAGAUUCAAUCCAUACAAAAUUAUCAGAUCUUGUGAAAAAAGCUCCUGAAAUUAUUGAAAUUUGCAAACAUGAAGAAUAACUUAGCUUAUUUUUUAAUAGAAACAAGUUUAUAGGAAUAUUUGCUAAUUCGGUUGACUUAUGGAGAGAUAUAGCUUUCUUAUUGACUAUUCUUAUAAAUAUAUUUAUUGUUGUUUCUUAUGGUGGAGGUGAAUAUAGUACAGCUGAGGAAAAAAAACAUAAUUAAUUAUGGAGCCCUUCUUUAGGUUUAGAUAACUCAGUUACAGCUGCCAAGACUGAGCAAAUAUUCAGAACUACAGGCAUAAUAAUGAUUGUUUGCAGCAGUUUUGUCGUGUUAUUUUUCUUAUGUCAAAAGGCUCCUCUUUAUUUAAAGAGAGCUUGGGAGUCAUAAAAAGCCUCUAUCCUUUAAGAAAAAUAAAUGCUGCUGAUUAAGUAUACGAAAUAUUUGAUUAUAAUCUUGACCAGUAUUCUUAAAGUUCUCACAAACCCUGAAGUUAUUUACUAUUUGAUGUAUGGAACGCUUGCUUUUAUUGCCACUUAUGUUCAUCCAUUCUUUUUUUCAUUCCAUCUUACUGAAUGUUUGUUAAGAUUCCCUACCCUUAGAAACAUUUUAAAAAGUGUUUCAGAUUCUUAUGCUUCCCUGAUUCUUACAUUUGUGCUGAUUAUUAUGUUAUUCUACUUCUAGGCUGUUAUCGCCUUCUUUGAAUAUUAUUAAGACUAUAAUAGUUAGUGUGAUUAGCUCUAUCUCUGCUUAUUUCACACAUUCUUAAUGACUUUCUAAAAUAAUGGUGGUAUAGGUGGAUAUUUAGAAAGUAAUGUUUCUAACUUGCAAAUGAGUGGGCAUUCUUAUGAUUACAGUAGAUUCCUUUUUGAUAAUAUUUCUUUCUUCUCUGUCAUGCUUAUUUCUGUUUAAAUUUUCUCUGGAGUUAUUAUUGAUAAAUUUAGUUAUUUAAGAGAAAAAGAAUACGAAAAAAAUGAAGAUAUAUUCUAAAAAUGCUUUAUAUGUGAGCAUUCAAGAGAACUUUUUGAAAGACAAUCUGAUUUUGGAUUUGAGUAGCAUAUUAAAUAGGAUCACUAUCUAUGGAAUUAUGUGUUCUAUUUAGCUUACUUAAGCUAUAAAGACAAAACUGAUUAAUCUGGUAUAGAAAGUUAUAUUCAAUCAUAAAUAGAUGAGGGCAGUGAUAAUUGGUUCCCAAUUGAAAAGGCUUUAAUCCUUAAAGAUAAUAAAGAUGAGGAUCAAGAAGAAAUGGAAAGAAAAAAAUCAUUUAAACUAGAAAGCGAUAUCUAUUAUAAAUAAAUUCAAGAAGUUCUACAAAAUUAGCAAUUGCUUUAAGAAAUCGUCCAGACAUAAAAAUAAUACAAAAAGUGA